AUGGGGAUAACCAAGGCCGCUGAUAGAAUAGCUUUGGCAGUAUUCGAGCUUGAUAAUGAGGCUGACCACUGGUGGGAGUUAAUCAAGAACACUCGUGACGUAGCGAGCCUAUCAUGGAACCAGUUCGGGGAACUGUUCCUAAAUAAAUAUUUUCCAAAUACGGUCUAUCGAGAGCGAGUCAAGGAAUUCCAAAACCUGGAACAAGGAAACAUGACCGUGACCCAGUAUGCUGCAAAAUUUGAAGAACUAGCCAGUUACGCAACUAGAUUUGUAGCAAGUGAUGAAGAUAAGGCAAGGAUGUUCGAGUGGGGGUUGGACCUUACAAUCAGGGGAAGUGUUCUUCCGCAACGACUCCCCACAUUUGCUGAGGUGCUGGAUACGGCGUUAGAGUCUGAGAGGGAAGUACUAAGGAGGAGGUUCCGGAGCAAAUGCCCAGGCAUUAGGUGGGCGGAAGCCUUGGAUGAACAAGACAGGAUCGACUGGACUGCUGCACCAGAAGAAUGGGGGAACUCAAAAACCAAGACCAGUGGCAACCAGAAGACAACCGGCAGAGUCUUUGCCUUGCAAGAGGAAGAAGCAGACCCGUCUGUUAUUGAGGGUAAUCUAGUAUUAUACAAUUCUUGGGUGCAUGUUUUAUUUGAUAUUGGUGCAUCACAUUCCUUUAUAUCCUCUGCUUGUGCUCAGUCAUUAGGACUUGUAUGUGAACCCUUAGAAACUACCUUAAAUCUAAUGUCACCUAUAGGAGGAUGCGUUCGGAUAGGAUUGAUCUGUAAGGACUAUAAGAUAGGAAUGUCGAACCUACACUUAACGUGCGACCUUUGUGUCAUGGAAAUGUUGGACUUCGAUAUCAUUUUGGGCAUGGACUGGUUGUCUGCCAACCGAGCAGUUAUCAACUGUCAUCAGAGGAAAGUGGUAGCUAACUCACUGGAUGGAACUCGUUUCCAGUUUAAGGGGGAUAGACAAGACCCCAUGGCUUCAACAAAACAUAGGACGCAGUGGUGCGAUCAAAUUGCAGGUAGGAUAGCAAGUCUGAUUUUGAAUGAGGAAGGCCAAGGAGAAUUAGAACUUCCUCGCAUAGUAUGUGAAUAUGCAGAUGUAUUUCCUACGGAGUUAACGGGAUUGCCACCAACCCGGGAAGUAGAUUUGAGCAUCGAGCUACAACCUGGAACCACCACAAUAUCCAUGGCCCCGUAUCAUAUGGCACCAGCAGAAUUACGAGAAUUGAAGACGUAA